UUCCAGGGAAUACUGAAAAUAGGGUUCAUUAAUUAGUGGAGCAGAUUAUAUGGCACUCUCAAAAUCAUCGUAUCAGUAUAACCGGAAAACGUGGGAAGAUUCAGAAUUUCCGAUCCUUUGUCAGACAUGUCUUGGAUCGAACCCAUAUAUAAGGAUGCUGAAAGAUCGACAUGGAGCGGAAUGCAAAAUUUGUCAACGUCCCUUUACUUGUUUUCGGUGGAUGCCUGGAAAGGGAAUGCGGUAUAAAAAACGGAAGUAUGUCAGACGUGUGCUAAAAUGAAGAAUGUUUGUCAGACUUGUCUUUUGGAUCUCGAAUUCGGUUUACCUGUGCAGGUUCGUGACCAUGCAUUACAAAUACAAGAUGAUUUGCCUAGACAAGGCGCGAAUCGCGACUAUUACAUUCAGAAUCAGGAACGGGAAUUAGCUCUUACAGAUGGCACUACACCUGGUGGUGCUCUUGCUAAAAUAACCGAUUCUGCAUCAAAUGAUUUGCUAAAGAAACUUGCCCGAAAUCAACCUUAUUAUCAACGAAACAAACCGCACAUUUGCUCUUUCUUCGUUAAAGGAGAAUGUAGGCGUGGUGAAGAAUGCCCAUACAGGCAUGAAAAGCCUUCAGAUCCUGACGAUCCGUUAAGUCAUCAGAACAUGCGGGAUCGCUAUUACGGGAACAAUGAUCCAGUUGCGGAGAAACUUCUGACUCGUGCCAAAGCAUUACCUGUAUUACAAGCUCCAGAAGAUACUACUAUUACUACACUGUAUGUUGGUGAUUUAGGUCCAGCUGGAGUGAUAGGCGAGGCUGCUUUGAGAGAUUACUUUUAUCAGUUCGGUGAAAUACGUAGCCUUAAUUUGUUGCCCAACAAAGGAUGUGCGUUCAUAUCAUUUACGACGCGACUGGCUGCUGAAAAGGCUGCGGAACGUUCAUUCAAUAAACUUAUCUUGCAAGGAAGACGACUAAAAAUAAGAUGGGGCCGGCCUCAAGCACAGAAUACGCAGGAAGAAAAGAAGAGAGCAGAACCAGUCGCAGGCCUUCCUAGUCCAUGUCCAUUACCGGAUUUAUUCGAUGAAGAGACGAAUUCAUCUAAGCGGGCGCGUAUUGAUCAUAUACCGAUGCCUCCUUUACCUCCAGCUGCAACGUACACACCUCCUGCACAGCUCAUUGUACCUCAGGUACCCUAUAAAGGGACAGCAUCGUAUAUACCAGCUUCAGCGACGAAAGUUUAUUAUCCUAGUCAGGAUCCGCAAAGACUGGGUGCGAAGGGUGAUGUAAUCGAGUAAAAAUAUUUUUCGUUGCUUCUCUGUUAUUAUAGGGUUUCAAUACGACCCUAGCGUGAUCUUUAUUUUUGUGUUAAUGAGUUUUUUGAGUUCAAAAUUAUGCGGAAAAUUUUUAGAUUCCUACGGUGUAAUUGUUAGGAGAAAAUCCUUAAUC